AUGCGGUUUGUGGCCUCACUUGCCGUUGUGCCACCGGAGGCGGUGGUUACCUUCGCUGGCCUGAGGUCCUCUUCCCCUUCGGAUGCGUUUUUUGUGGCUCCACUUGCCGUUGUGCCACCAGAGACUGUUGUGCCACCGGAGGCGGUGGUUCCUUCGCUGCCUGAGGUCUCCCCUUCGGAUGCGGUUGUGGCUCCACUUGCCGUUGUGCCACCCGAGACUGUUGUGCCACCGGAGGCGGUGGUUCCUUCGCUGCCUGAGGUCUCCCCUUCGGAUGCGGUUGUGGCUCCACUUGCCGUUGUGCCACCAGAGACUGUUGUGCCACCGGAGGCGGUGGUUCCUUCGCUGCCUGAGGUCUCCCCUUCGGAUGGCGGUGUGGCUCCACUUGCCGUUGUGCCACCAGAGACUGUUGUGCCACCGGAGGCGGAGACUGUUUUUGUCCACCGGAGGCGUGGUUCCUUCGCUGCCUGA